UGUCAAUGUCACUUGCGAUUUUGUGGUUAGAAAUUUACUUUUAGUGUCAGUCGAAAAAUAAUCAAUAAUGUUUUUUUGUAGUCAUUACUUAGAACGUAAAGACCACGUAGCUGAUUAGUACAAGAAAUAUCAAAAUAUUGUGAAAUACCAAAAGUUCAAAAUGAAACCACGACCCUGUGGAUGUAAGGGCUGCAGAACGUGCCUUGUUUGUGAAACGUAUUACGGCGCAGAUGGUCUUAAAAACACAAUACCUCUUGAUAAAGGGAAGAGUUAUGUAUACUGUCCCCUGUGUGAUAAAGCGUGGAGCGGCUGGGAUAUAGACCUGUACAAACAACAUCCAAAUCAUGAAGGUGAAUCGAUAGAAUAUCCGGGCGUUUAUAUAAAGCUGGACUUUAUAUCAAAAGCCGAAGAAGAUCAACUUAUAAAUAAUAUCGAUGAAGUUCCCUGGGACAUUUCGCAGAGCGGGCGGCGUAAACAAAACUUCGGGCCAAAGACUAAUUUUAAAAAGCAAAAGAUUGUAGCUGGUAAUUUUGAUGGAUUUCCUAAAUUUUCCAAAUAUUUACAAGAUAGAUUUAAUGAUGUCGACUUACUUAAAGGUUAUGAAGUGAUUGAGCAAUGUGCCUUAGAAUAUGAUCCUAAUAAAGGUGCGUCCAUCGAUCCUCAUAUAGAUGACUGUUGGAUAUGGGGUGAGAGAAUUGUCACAGUAAAUGUCUUAUCUGAUUCUGUCCUCACUAUGACACCUUUUAAAGGAGAUAAAAAGAAAUACAAUCUGAUUUGUGCGGAAAGCUAUCCACCUGUAGUUCACACCGAUGGCAGUAUUAAUUUAGAAUUUAUAGAUAAAGGACCAAGUAUGUUAGAAGUUUGUAAGCCACUAAAAGACAAUGAUGUAAUAAUAAGAAUACCGAUGAUAAGGAGAUCACUUCUAAUUAUUUACGGAGAAUCAAGAUAUCACUGGGAACAUGCUGUUUUAAGAGAAGACAUUAAAACAAGGAGAGUGUGCUUAGCUUACCGAGAGUUCACUCCACCAUACAUGAACAAUGGAACUCAUAAUGUUAUUGGUCAUGAAAUCAGAAAUAAAGCAAAAAAUUUUUGGGAUCACCAGGAAAGAUAUAAAAACUGUUUGCAAGAUAUAGCUAUAAAUAAGUUAAGUAUAUAAUAUACAUAUAGUUUCUCUUAGUAAACUUGCCCCUGAUGCAAUUAUUUAAAUCAAUUUACAUGUAUUGUACAACAUUUCUAAAUUAAAAUGUAUUGUGUCU